ACUCUGCGGCCCCAGGCCCGCACGGCUCGCCAGCCCCUGGGGCCACCUGGAGACUGCAGUUCUGGCGGUCGGACUUGAACCGAACCCUCUUCCAGCCGCACUUCUCACUCUGGCCCAGGACCACCGGCAUCGAAGCCGAAGAAGGAGUGGUUGGAAGAACGAUGCAUGUAAGUCUGACAUGAUGUCCAUCCGGCAAAGAAAAGAAAUAAAAGCCGCUGGUAUUUCUGAGGAUUCUCCAGCGCAAGAAGAAAAUGUGAAAUUGGAAAAUAAAUUGCCAUCUGGUUGUGCCAAUAGAAGAUUGUGGAAGAUUCUGUCAUUUACAGCUGGCGGAACCGUCGCCCUUUGCAUGGGCCUUCUUACAUCUGUCUACCUUGCCACUUUACAUGAAAAUGACUUAUGGUUUUCUAAUAUUAAGGAAGUGGAGCGGGAAAUCUCAUUCCGGACGGAGUGUGGACUGUAUUACUCUUACUACAAGCAGAUGCUGCAGGCGCCGACCCUCCUGCAAGGUUUUCAUGGCUUGAUAUAUGAUAAUAAAACUGAAUCUAUGAGGACAAUUAACCUCCUUCAACGAAUGAAUAUUUACCAAGAGGUUUUUCUCAGUAUUUUGUAUAGAGCUCUGCCCAUACAGAAAUAUUUAGAGCCAGUCUAUUUUUAUAUUUACACCCUGUUUGGACUCCAGGCCAUCUAUGUUGCAGCUCUUUAUAUAACCAGCUGGCUCCUAAGUGGCACAUGGCUGUCAGGACUCUUAGCGGCCUUGUGGUAUGUCACAAACAGAAUAGACACCACCAGAGUGGAGUUUACCAUCCCCCUGAGGGAGAACUGGGCUCUGCCGUUCUUUGCCAUUCAGAUAGCCGCCAUCACGUAUUUCUUGAGACCAAAUUUACAGCCUCUUUCUGAAAGGCUGACACUUCUUGCCAUUUUCGCAUCAACUUUUCUCUUUAGUCUAACAUGGCAAUUUAAUCAAUUUAUGAUGCUGAUGCAAGCAUUAGUGCUGUUCACACUGGACUCCCUGGACAUGCUGCCAGCAGUGAAGGCGACGUGGCUGUACGGCAUCCAGAUAGCCGUGUUGCUCCUGGUCUGCGUUCUUCAGUUCUUUAAUUCCAUGAUUCUCGGAUCAUUGCUUAUCAGUUUUAACCUUUCAGUAUUAAUUGCAAGAAAAUUUCAGAAAAAUCUGAAAACUGGAAGCUUCCUUAAUAGGCUUGGGAAACUUCUGUUACAUUUGUUUGUGGUUUUGUGUUUGACACUUUUUCUCAACAACAUAAUUAAGAAAAUCCUUAACCUGAAGUCAGAUGAACAUAUAUUUAAAUUUCUGAAGGCAAAAUUUGGGCUUGGAGCAACAAGGGAUUUUGAUGCAAAUCUCUAUCUGUGUGAAGAAGCUUUUGGCCUCCUCCCUUUUAAUACAUUUGAAAGGCUUUCGUAUACUCUGCUAUUCUAUGCUUACGUGCUUGUUCUGUCCGUCACGGUGAUCACAGCCUUGGUUGUUGCCUUCCGUAACCUCAGUGAUUCUGCAAAUCAGCAAUCCCUGGGUAAAAUGGGAGAGUGUACAGUUAACCUGAAGCCAGAAACUGCUUAUAACUUGAUACACACCAUUCUGUUCGGAUUCUUGGCCUUGAGCACCAUGAGGAUGAAGUACUUGUGGACGUCACACAUGUGUGCCUUUGCGUCGUCCGGCCUGUGCAGCCCCGACACCUGGCAGUUACUGCUGAAGUCGGUGCAUCUGUACAGCCCACGGAGGGUAUGUAUAAUGCGAUAUUCAGUACCGAUACUAAUACUGCUCUAUCUGUGCUAUAAGUUCUGGCCAGGAAUGAUGGAUGAGCUCUCCGAGCUGAGAGAAUUCUAUGAUCCAGAUACAGUGGAGCUGAUGGACUGGAUUAAUUCUAACACUCCAAGAAGGGCUGUGUUUGCUGGGAGCAUGCAGUUGCUGGCCGGGGUCAAGCUAUGCACGGGAAGGACCUUGACCAACCACCCCCACUAUGAGGACAGCAGCCUGCGGGAGCGGACCAAGGCGAUCUACCAGAUAUACGCCAAGAGGUCCCCCCAGGAGGUGCACGCGCUCCUGCGCUCCUUUGGCGCUGACUACGUGAUUCUGGAGGACAGCGUCUGCUAUGAGCGCAGGCACCAACGCGGCUGCCGGCUGCGCGACCUGCUGGACGUGGCCAACGGACACGUGAUGGAUGGCCCAGGACAGAAUGACCCUGAUUUGAAACCUGCAGACCACCCUCGCUUCUGUGAAGAAAUCAAAAGAAACCUGCCUCCCUACAAGGCCCACUUCACCAGAGUGUUCCACAACAAAACAUUCCACGUUUACAAGCUCUCCAGAAACAAGUAACAAAGAUUUCUGUCAGACCUCUAUUUUUGAUACAGUGAAACUGCAUCAUAAUGAAACUCAGUAGGUUCCCUAUGUAAGUAGGCAGCCGGUACCUCAAAGCUGUGAUAUGUGGAAGUUCUACAGAUGUUUACACAAACGUUACCAUCUUCGAAAUACCUUCUCUAAGCUCCAGUCUUUUUUGUCUUGUCUCUGUCUUUUCCAUUAAUGUUAGCUUAAAUGCUUUCCAAGAGUCAUCUGGAAUUUGGUAGUUGGGGAGAACACCUGUUCCAUGGAGAGCCUGGACAGCCAGAUACCAGGCUGGGAUGAGAACCUCUUCAGGAUUUGAAAUGCUUUUUAAUUUCCAGUUGACUUAAGACAGCUGUGAUUGAGUCGAUUGACAAGAUGAUAAAAUUAUUUAACGUUACUUCAUUUUAGUGAGGGCCAACUGCUGGCCUUUUUUUUUUUUUUUUGUAGAGACAGAGUCUCACUUUAUGGCCCUCGGUAGAGUGCCGUGGCCUCACACAGCUCACAGCAACCUCCAAAUCCUGGGCUUCAGCGAUUCUCUUGCCUCAGCCUCCCGAGUAGCUGGGACUACAGGCGCCCGCCACAACGCCCGGCUAUUUUUUGGUUGCAGUUUGGCCGGGGCUGGGUUUGAACCCGCCACUCUCAGUAUAUGGGGCCGGCGCCUUACCAACUGAGCCACAGGCGCCACCCAACUGCUGGCUUUUUAAAAAGCUCUUUAUUGUCCCAUUUUCACCUGGAAAUUUUAUAUGCUUUCCAGUUGUUGCGCUUUUAACUUUAACAAAAAAAAAAAAUCAUGUUAGAUCUUUGUAUGUAUUGAACAUUUUGUUUCACUCUAUCUGAAAGGUCACUGUAGCAGGCAGUGUGUAGUAGUAUGCCACGUGUGUGUGUGUGUGUGUGUGUGUGUGUUAAUGCUGGCACAGAAAAGUGUUACAAGUUCCAUACUGUAAGUCCUUAAAGGGACAGAAAUGUAUGUAGCCAAGUAUUUAGUAGAAUUUGUCACUGUUGAGCAUUAUUAUUUUAAAAUCCACUGAUACUCUUUAACCUCUUCUGCAAGUAAAAUAGUUUUGCUUUAUUUCUUACUUCAACUGACUGGGUUUGCGAAAUUUUGUAAACUUCUUGUGUUUUUAGCCUUUGUAUUUUUUGCAGCCUAGAACUUCAAAGUCUGAAUAUUUUUUAAAUGGUAUAUCUUAACUAGUUCACUGAUUCGUAUUUUUAGCAGACAGCAUUUUCAUACCGACUUUGACUUGUGGUCUCCUGGUACCAUUAUUCUUUCCAUUCCUAAAAGGUAACCAAGUGCCUCUAAGUCAUGGUUGUAAACAGCAGAGAGGGUGAUACCUACUCAAAAUUUUUUGAUAAUUGCUUUUAUAAUUAAUUUCCAAUGAUGGGGACUCAUACAAGUUGCUGAUAUAGGCAUAUUGUGCAUUUAAUUAAAUCCAGAUGACUAAUGAAAUUAGCUGUCUCCCUGUUCUUGCCUGUUGGAAAUGAUUUAAAUAUUUCUCCUUGCAGUUGUGUUGAAGCAAAUUACCAUAGACAUCAUGAUGGAUACGUCCCACUUUCAAAUGAUCUUACGUUCAGCUACUACUUCCAAGCAACAUUCAAACAUAUUUUUACGCUGUCAUGUUAGACACAGAGAUACUCAACUUCUGUCAAAAAGUAUUUAAAUAAAAAAUGGAGAGUAGUUGGGUUAUUAAAUUGUGCAACUGAAACUCCCAAAUUAUAUCUUUCCUAUAUCCUUUAAUAAGGUUGGAGACCACUGCAGUUUAGGAUAACACAAUAAUAAAACAUUUUAAUCAGCACUAAAAUUUUAAUUAAGCCAGUAAGGAGCACGCCUGUUGGUGCUGACAGCACAGGUCAGUGCACCCUUCAGCGAGUGCCUUACUCUAAUUGAAACCAAGCACAUGUAAGGUAUAGUAUAUUAGACUGUGUGGUUUUGUUUUUCAAGUCCUCUGUUGCCUUUUCAGAUAUUUGAGAUUUAAAUUUAUUUUAAAUAUUCCUGUAUGUUUUCUUGUAAGCAUUUGGGCGUUUGGACACUUAGGAUGCAAAACCUGUACUUAAACCUUGUGCUUACCGUCACUGCAGCGACGUCACACAGCCAUCGUCUUCCCUUUGUUCAGGUGCCAUCGUUGCCAAAACACUCAGUGUCAGUCUUUGGUGAAAAAUGUAAAGUGCCAAAAAAAUCUUGCAAGACAGAACCCACUCUUUCUAAACUCUGCACUCUUUCUAAACACUGUGACCAUGUACAGCAGAAGUGUUUAUUUCCUGGUGACCAAAUGUCCACGAAUCGUGUCCAGUGUUUUUAGCAGUGUUCUCUUACAUGACCUUUUUGCUGAAGUGGAUGGGAAGAGAGAGGAAAAGCCUCUGACCUCUGGCUCUGAUUCCAGCCUCUCCUACUAAGCUGAAGCAAGAGACUGUGUAAGCUGCGUGCCGCACAGACCUUGUGGCUGUAUUAAUACUUAGUAACACCCACAGAUAAUGGCUCUGGAGUGUAUGGACAGAAAACCACUUGAUUUGCUUCUGAGUUAGCAGCCAAAAGACCCUCUUAAGUCAGCAGUUCUCAACCUGUGGGUCAUGACCCCUCUGGGGGUCGAACGACCAUUUCACAGGGGUCGCCUAAAUACAUCCUACAUAUCAGGUAUUUACAUUAUGAUUCAUAACAGUAGCAAAAUUACAGUUACAAAGUAGCAACAAAAAUAAUUUUGUGGUUGGGGGUCACCGCCACAUGAGGAACUAUAUUAAAGGGUCACGGCAUUAGGAAGGUUGAGAACCACGGCUCUAAGCGCAACGGCAGUGUUCUUAGUGGACUCUGCUUGUGUGACUCUCUGACGUCUCCAUCUCACUCGUCAUCCGCUAGUGCCUGGGGUGACCAGAGAGGAGCCGUGCUCCCUCUCUCCCUUGACUUGUGUGCCCAUCCCAAACCUCUCCAUGCAAGUUGUGCUUCUUACUGUAAAUAGACAACUCAAUUAUUUACAUAGACCUAGGAAAUACAGGUGUCAAAAGAAAGUUAUUUCUGCAAAAAUUAAGUUGAAUGCUUUGGUAAUAUUUGAUAAAGAUUGAGUUGCUGAUAAAAGUUGCUUUUGAAUUUGACAUGGUUAGGAAAAUUAUAAAUGAAAUACUAAGGAAAAACCAUAAAAAUCAAGAAAGUUUCUGAGCCCAUAUUGCCUUGCAGAUUUAUUUAAGGACUCUUUUCACCUUUAAGCAUCUAAACCAAUAGGAAAGUGUUAAAAUGUCCCUAAAUCAUGUUAUCGGUAUGAUUUAUGUAAGAAGUGGAAGUGCCGGCGUUGGACGCUUAGUAAGGGAGGGACCUCGUCUUCACAUGAGAAUAUUAGCCAAGAAAGGUGCAGUUACACAUUUUAAGUUACGAUUCUCUACUUCAACCUACUUACUGCAUUAAAUGACCAACUGCUGGUACCAAUCACAAUGUUCAUUAGAGAGUCCUACCAUAGUGGAAAGGUUCCUGUCACUUUUAUUACAUACAGUCUUUUAAAAAAUAGAGAUUCAUUUCAAAUAUUAUUAGCCAGGAACGUGAUUAGGUGUUACCCAGGCCGUUUGUUGUUUCCUUAAAGGUGAUUUUCUUGACCUGUGUGAGAUCAGCUCUGAAACUGUGUAUGUGUGUGUAUGUUUUGGGUGGGGGCUGCCAGCUGGCAAGGGCAAAAUACAGAUAUUUCAUCUGGUCUGCAUCUUUAUUUCACAAUUAACUGAAAAUAAAAAAUGUUUAUUCUGAUUCUACAUUAACUUUGUCUAAGAUGUAAAAAUUUUAGCUUAUCUUUGGCCAAAAUCUACCUGGAUUAACAUAGAAAUGUUUGAUUUUUUUAAAUUUAAUUCAAACCUUAGAAUCGGUAGGAAGAUAUUAAAGUGUUCUCAGAUUACAUAUCUUGGUUGGUUGCUCUCUGAAUGCUUUAUACUUUACACAUGGCAACUUUUUGGCCUAAGAGUGUUUGUUCAUGGAAAAAAGCUUACGAGAGAGUUGCUGACUUUCUUCUGGCAAUUGAUUCUCUGUUUUUAACAUCUUAUGAAUAAGAUUGUACAAAGAGCUGUUAUAAUUUGUUGUACUGAGUUGUAUGGAGAUUAUAUGCUAAGUAAAGCUCUUUUAAGUUAUACAACAAGAGUGUCUUACAUUUUUU